AUGCCCUCACCGGACCACCAGCAACUCCUCUUCCUCCUUUUUCUCUCCGCCUUCCUCCACCACUCUCUCUCCUCCACUCCCAUUAUACACAUAUGCAAAGCCACCCAAUUCCCUCACACCUUCCAAACUUCCCUCCUCAACUUCAAUCCAAGCCCAAACCCAACCCUAACCAACUUCAUCCAAACCAUGCUCUCCCUCUUCUCCCGCCACAUCCGAACCACCCAAUCCAUGAUCCACACCAUCCUCCGUACGUUCCCGAACCACCACAACCGUUCCAUGGCCUCCCGCACGUGCCUCGACUACCUCAAUCUCUCCUCCUAUCGUACCCGAAUUUCCUCCAAUGCUCUCUUCUCACGUGACACCCUCCAUGAAGCACGUGCAUGGACGAUCGCCGAGUUAACUUACCAGUACGACUGCUGGUCUGAGCUCUCAUACGUGAACGGCACGCGCGUGGUUGACAAAGAGAUGUCGUUUUUGAACUCUACCCUCAUGCAAACUACUAGUAAUGCUCUUAGUUUAAUGCACGCGCUUGUAAACUAUGGGGAUGAUACUGAGUCGUGGCGUCCUCCAUUGACGGAGCGGAACGGGUUUUGGGAGAAAACUGGUGGGUCCAGUUCUGGACUAGGAUUCGAUUCGGGGAGGGUGGAGUUGAGAGGAAGGGUGAAUGUGACAGUUUGUAAGGAAGGGAAGGCGGGUGGGUGUUACGGAAGAGUGCAGGAGGCGGUGAAUGAGGCGCCAGCGUGGUUGAAGCUGAAGGGGAAGGAGAGAUUUGUAAUUUACAUAAAGGAAGGGGUGUAUGAGGAGAUUGUGAGGGUUCCAUUAGAGAAGAGGAAUUUGGUGUUUUUAGGGGAUGGGAAGGGUAAAACGGUCAUUACUAGGUCUGUGAAUACAGGGGUUUUGGGGAUCAGUACGUACAAUACAGCUACUGUUGGAGUUACAGGUGAUGGGUUCAUGGCAAGUGGGAUAACUUUCAAGAACACAGCAGGCCCAAAAGCACACCAAGCAGUAGCUUUCCGAUUCCGAUCAGACAACGACUUCUCCCUCGUUGAAGAUUGUGAGUUCUUAGGCAACCAAGACACUCUUUAUGCACACUCCCUACUCCAGGUCUACAGAUCAUGCCACAUGGAGGGCAAUGUGGACUUUAUCUUUGGAAAUGCAGCGGCCCUUUUCCAAGAUUGCACCAUCCUUGUCAGACCACGGCAAGUGGACCCCUCUAAGGGGGAGAACAAUGCCAUCACAGCCCAAGGAAGGACGGACCCUGCUCAGGCUACAGGGUUUGUCUUCCUAGGAUGUCUCAUUAAUGGAACCAAUGAGUACUUGAACUUCUGGCGAGGUAAUCCCAAGGUCCACAAGAACUACCUUGGGAGACCGUGGAAGAUGUACUCGAGGACAAUAUUCAUUAAGUGUACAAUGGAGGAUAUUAUAUCGCCUGAGGGAUGGAUGCCAUUCCGACAAGACUUUACAAUGUCUACCCUUUAUUAUGGGGAGUUUGGGAAUAAGGGACCUGGAGCUGAUGUGUCUAAGCGAGUUAAGUGGAGUAGCAAGAUUCCUGAAGCGCACAUGACUGCUUAUUCUGCUCAAAACUUUAUACAGGCUCAUGAAUGGGAUUCUGGUUUCUAA